UUUGACUUUAAAUUUAACAAAGCUACUCUUAAGGUGCUUUAUUGUGGAGCAGAAUUGGUAAUAAAAGUAAGAAAUAAAAGUCUGAGACUGAAAUCAAGCUGAAAAGUGCAACACUCGAGGGAAAUGAGCCGAGUGCAGCAGCAUUGGCUGCUCAGCGUGUCCCAGCCAGCGGGACCCAUCAGAUAAAUAUCAGGAGAGGAGAGCCGUUCUGUUAAACACAUAAACUCAGUAAUAAUAAUAAGCUUCUGGAUUCUACAGCUGUUUUCUCUCUAGGUUUCCAUGUAGGUGUUUUCUCUCUUUAACAUGUCGUUUGUUAAUGGAAGCGAGUCAAACGGCAGCGUGGCUCUGCAGCGUCAGGGCGUUCUGGGGCUGGUCCUCUUUGGCACCGUCACCACGCUGCCCUGCUGCGUCUUCCUCUUCAUCAACCUCACCAUGCUGGUCACCCUGAGGAGCAAGGCGGUGUUUCGGGACACGUCCCGCUACGCGCUGCUGUUCGGCCUCCUGUGUGCGGACACCGUGCAGCUGGCCCACAGCCAGUCCAUGUUCCUGCUGUCCACCCUCAGGGUGACGCUGCCGUAUCCCGUCUGCGCGGCGCUCACCGUGCUCAACCACCUGACCCUCAGCGUGUCCCUCAUCACGCUGGUGCUCAUGUGCCUGGAGAGGUACGUGGCCGUGUGCUUCCCAUUCAGGCACGGCGCUUUCAUCACCGCCAAAACCACCGGCGUGGCCAUUUGCAUGGUCUGGUGUUUCAGCGCCAUAAAGGACAUCACGCAGCUGAGUCUAAUUUUAAGUUUUCAUUUUCAGAAUGUAAAGCAGGUGCAGAUGCUUGACUUCUGUGGAAGAGAGAGCGUGUUUGUGGAUGCGGUGUCUGAAACCUUUAACAGAGCCUUCACCUACUUCCUGCUGGUGUUAGGAGGACUGACCGUCUCCUUCUCCUACGCCGGCAUCAUAGUGGCGGCUCGCUCCGCCUCCACGGACGCAGCCUCGGCCGGCAGGGCCCGCAGGACGCUGCUGCUGCACCUGCUGCAGAUGGGCCUCACCUUGUCCUCCACGGUGCACAACGCGCUGCUCAUAGUCAUCUCCACCAGGCUGGACAGGGUGGUGGCUCUGCGUGUGCAGGUUGUCCUCUACGUCUGUGUGAUCAUCCUGCCUAAGUGUCUGAGCUCGCUGAUCUACGGCCUCAGAGACAGAACCAUCAGGCCCGUCCUCUUACUCAACCUCACCUGUCAGUGGAGACGGCCUUUCUGAGUCCUGCUGUCUGACAAUUAAACCAGAACUGGGAAUAAUUGCUAAUAAAAAGGAUUUUGUUCAUGAUUUCUGGUAGAAUCUGGAUUACAUUUUAUAGCGUUGUCAAAUAAACCUUACAUCCAGUCCGUGCGUUCUCCUCAGUUUGUCACAGUUUAAUGUGAAAUCAUUGUUUUAGAGGCUUUUACGUCUGAACGCGUCAUCUGGGGGACAGAAACGUACGCAACACCAAGUCAGACGUUUAAAAAUGUAAAUACUUCUGUGUAAAAAUGUCAAACAAACUGAAAACAGUUUAUUUGUUUUACAUUUUUUGAACAGCAUAAAUAUUGUCUACUGUGCCAAAUGGUUUAUCAACUAAAAGAUUUUCCACAUGCAUGUUUUUACUGCAAGGUUAGAGCUGGAAUAAUAGAGACGCUGUGUUUUAUUAUUAGUCUGGAGGAGGCGAAGCGGUUGGUUGUCUUCCUGCAGGAGAACACAUUUCAUCUCAAUAAUGCCAGCUUUUUAAUAAUGAAUAAAGUAUUCACCCUCCAUUGGCUUUUUACCUACUUUAUUACAUUACAACCUGCAUUUUAAAUGUUUUUUAUCUUAUUUUAUGUGAUGGAUUUGCUCAAAAUAGUCGAAGUUGAUGAAGUGAAAUGAGAAACAGAAAUAUGAGUGAGCGAGGAAGACCCCCCACCUCACUCACCUGUGAACAUCCAGGGGCAGGACAUAGAAACUGUGGAGAGUUCCA